AUGGCAAAUUCUUUUGAAAGUGAUUUCGACCUCAACGAUGUUGCGGACAAUGUUAUGAACAUAUUUCUUGCCUUUAAGAGAAAGAAUGAGGAGAAGGAGAAUAAAAAGGAAGAAAAUGAAAGAAAAAGAGUAGAAGAUGAAAGGAUAAAAAAUGAAAAUGAAAGAAAAAAGGAAGAAAAUGUUCAUAAUAAAACGGGAGAAUCUAUUGAAGAUUUUGUCGAUUUAGACAAUUUUGCGGAAAAUGUCUUAAACAUUUAUCUCGCAAACAAAAACCAUGAGGAGGACGAAGAAAAGAGGAAGGAGAGCAGCAAGAAAGUUAUCAAAACGACGGAUAAACCAUUAGAAAAUGAAAUAGAUCAAAAACAGAACAGAAACAAGGGCGUAUUGAAACAUAAACCGGGUAACAAGAGGAUGAAGCCUGAAUCAUGGUUAGACGAUUUGCCAGAACAGCAUUCACAAAAACAGCAACAAACUCAUCAACCACAACACAAACAAACAAAUAUACAACAGCAACAACAGUUUCAACUACAACAACAACUUCUACAAGACAGAGUGGAGGGUAAAGAAGAAAAUUUUUCGUGGUUCGACGAUUUCCCGGAAACGUUGACGAAUUAUGAUAUUCAGUCACCAAAAGAAAAACAACAAACUCAACAGCCACAAAACGAACAACGUAACAAACUACAACAAAAACAACAACAACUUCAACAAAACAGAGAGAAAGACAAAAAAGAAGAUUUUUCGUGGAUAAAAGAUUUGCCGGAAGAAUUAAAUUAUUGUCUCCAGCCAAGAGAACAACUACAACACGAACAACACCAUAAAGAAGAACAGCAACAACAGUUUCAACAACAACUACAAGAAGAAAAUUUUUCGUGGUUCGACGAUUUACCGGAAGCGUUGACGAUUUAUGAUAUCCAUUUGACAAAUUAUGAUAUCCAUCGAAAAUUUUUACAUGAUAGUAACUUCAAACAACACCUUUCCACCUUUCAAGAAACACCAGACGAUCCAUCGGAUAAUAUUGAAAAUGCUUUGUAA